AAAGAAGCAGAAGUGUAAAACGACUGACGGACGAAGACGGCCGAUUCGCACCCGUUCACGUUCGCUCGCGCGGAGUAAACAAAAAGUGUAUUUCGAGAUUAAUUUUAAUGAGAUUAAAAUCCCAAAUACCGAGGCAUUAAAUUGCAUACGUGCUCGCGAUAAUAAAGUGCAUAACACUUUGGCGAUGUAAUAAACUGCUAUCCAUCGUCGCGCAGCAACAACCAAUGCAAAAAAAGCAGCAGCAGCAGUCAAGUAACUGAGCAAGAAAGAAAGAAAAAAAACCCGAAACCUUUGCAUACACGCAUGUGUAUUAGUAUAAUAUUAUUGGCCAGAAAUAAACGCAUAGUCUGUUUUUAAACCUGCCUAUAGUGUGCAUGACUAAUGUGGGGAAACAGCAGCAGCAGCAGCAGCUAAUGUCUCCAAUGACGUUAUAACUGUGCUAAAGGCUAACAAUAUACACUCAGGCUCUCCCAAGGCGAGGCGACAACAGGCCAAAAAAGCACCUGGAGUGUAUUUGUUUGCUACUGUGGGCGCGUGUGUGUGUGUGUGCAGCAACUUAUCAUUGUCGGUGGCGCUUGAACUAUUGUCAACAAACGUAAAUUAAUUAUGAACAAACACUAAAAAUAAACCAAUAAUAAGACAAACGGCCAGGUCAGGCAGCCCCCCAUCUAGUAAUUAUGCUUGACCCUGGUCCAACAAUAGCCACAGCCAACACAGCUAAAACAAGCAUAGCCAAAGCCAAAGUCUCAUCACCAACGACUUUGUCGCUGUCUUCAAGCUAACGCCGCCGUCGACGUCGCUGCCGCUGCUUCAAUUAACAAAUUUACUCGUCAAGUUGUCGACGACGAAGCUGCGACUAAAAGCUGCAGUAUACAGAAAAAGACACAGAAAAUUAAAUAUUUAAACGAAAUACUCAACGAAUCAAAGAUUUGAAAUUGGAGAUUGUUAAUAAAUAAACAGGAUCAAAAUGGCGGCAGUUGGAAGUUUGCAUAAUACUCGCAUUCUGCGUUUUCUGCUCGUCUUAAUCGUCGUGAUACUCACCAUCUUCAUCUAUGCAUCAUACUCAACAACAACAACACUGACGCCCACGCAUAUUCAUGCCCCGGCGGUGGCUCCCCCCACACCCCAGCAACUGAUUGGAGGAGGAGGUACAUUGAAUAACACUGGCGAUGCGAGCCUAGCAGCCGUUGUGGCCGAGGAGCCGAGCAUUGCCAAGGCGCGGCAACAUGAGCAGCAGCAGCAACACAGAAGACCACCGCAGCCGCCACAGCAUCGAUUGCCCACCAUCGAUGAGGAUGCGCUGCUGGACGGUGGAGCUGCCGGCGCAAGUCCGAUGGCGGGCAGCGAACAGUCUCCUAAUGUGGCCGAUGAAAUGCUCGAAGAGCAGCAAUAUGUGCAAAGUAUUGAUGCGCUGACAGGCAAUAUCAAUAGCAAUGGCAAUAAUAACAAUAGCGAGACUGUUAAGCAAUCAGUUGGCACAUCAGCAAAUGCAUCACCACAGCAACAACAACAACAGCAGCAACAGCUGCAACAACAACAACAGUCGCCUUCGGAUGCGGAGAUUCUUAUGAUACCAACUUCUAAUUUGCAAAAGUUCAUUGAGAAUGCCGAUAAGAUACUGAAGAACAUGACAUCGAACAGCAGCAACACAGCUCGAGCUGGUGCUGGAAGUGGAGCUGGUGUUGCCGCCUCCGCUGUGCUGCCCAGCGAACAGCGCACGGAUAAAUCCAAUCAGCCUAGCGUGCAGGAGGACUUGCAAAUUAAUUUGCUGGACAAUAAUAAUGCGGCGGCAGCGCCGCCAGCUGCUGCCUCCUAUGCGGUGAUGCAAGUCAAGCCGGAUGAGACGGCACAAGCGGAACCCAAAGAGAAGUCGCCGCCAGCCAAGCCACCAGCACCCUUGGUGCGUGCAACGAAGCCGAAGGCCAAAAGCAAGCCCAGUGCUCCCAGCACUCCAGUGGAUCCAUCCAAGGGCAUCACAACUGACAAGAUCUACGAGAGCGGACAUUUGAAUGAAGAGAUCGAUCUGGAGCGCAUUUGUCCGCUGAAUGGCACCAAGACCAGAAUGUUGAUACUGAUCACAUCGGCACAGACACAUGCGGAUGCACGCAUGUCGAUAAGACAGACCUGGGGACAUUAUGGCACUCGGCGGGACAUUGGCAUGGCAUUUGUGUUGGGUCGCGGCACAAAUGAGACCGUGAAUCAAGCGCUCACCGAUGAGAAUUAUAUGUUUGGUGAUUUGAUAAGGGGCAACUUUAUUGACUCGUACAAUAAUCUGACGUUGAAAACAAUCUCAUCGCUGGAAUGGGCGGAUCAGCAUUGCAAUCAUGCUCAGUACAUAUUGAAGACAGACGAUGAUAUGUUCAUCAAUGUGCCCAAGUUGUUGAAUUUUGUGAAGCAGCUGGAGAAGCACAAGAACAAGCGCCUCAUCUUCGGCCGUUUGGCCAAGAAAUGGAAGCCAAUACGCAAUAAGAAAUCCAAAUACUAUGUGUCAACCGAUCAGUUCCCAGCGGCUGUGUUUCCAUCGUUUACCACAGGUCCUGCCUAUGUGAUGACCGGGGAUAUUGUGCACGAUCUGUAUGUGCGAUCAUUGAAGACGGUCUAUCUGAAGUUGGAGGAUGUCUUCACCACGGGCAUUGUGGCCCAAAGCCUGGGCAUUGAGCGACUGCAUGUGAAUGAGUUUGUGAAUCGUCGCAUCUCAUUCAAUCCGUGCAAUAUCCGCAAUGCGAUAAGCGUCCACAUGAUCAAGUCAAAUGAGCAAUUCGAUCUGUGGAAGAAGUUGCUGGACCAGACCACUAAGUGUAAAUAGUAUUUUAGGUUUAAGGUGUGAUUUUCAUCUACAUAAUAUGUAUGUUAAAUGUUUAGAGCAAUGGAUUUAGAAAAACAAAACAAAACGAAACAUAACUAACAGAAAACAACAUAAGAAAAGGCAGCUACUACAAUGCAGCAACUAGAGAUACUUUAGUUUCUAAGUAAUAGGAAUGUAUCUGAAUGAUCUGAAGAUGUCUACUCUCGAG